AUGAACCCCCAUCUAUCAAGCGUAUCGAGCGAGUUGGCUCGUGGCCCUUCAGGUUCAAGCUCACCGAGCACCGAUGUCUCUGUGGCUACGUUGAAGCCCAUGGGGACAACAGCAACUGUACCCCCAAAUAUCUUGCCGGGAUUCACUUUAGAGACUAGUGGAAGACUGAACGGUUGGUGCCUUUUCCCUCACUCACUUUAUGUUUCACUGAUUAAACCUCCCGUAGAACUAGUUCUUGACGCGAUAAAGCAAGAGACAUCAAGUUAUUACGGUCUUCUGAAACAUUCACGCGCGGAAUUAUCUCAUAUACGGACACGAGUUGAAACCGAAGCUUGUGACAAUGCAAGCGGGUUUCGAACCACAAGACUGACCAUUCAUCAUCUCUCAGAGAAUUGGAAAGCAGCAUCCCAGGGACUUGCGGACCAUAUGCGCGAUGCCUCACUUACAAGGCAACGCUUGGACCUCUUGGAAAAGAGAUUUUUACACGUUUCUGCUUCUGUGGAAAACCUUUCAGAUGAUCUUCAGUAUUUUCAACGUCUGGGCCGUGAAAACCAUUGUCUGAUGCAGGAAAAGUAUUUGAUUAUCCACGAAACUCUGAGAGAGCUUGAGGUACAGUACUCAGUGCUUGAGGCCAAGUUCGUAAUCUCAGUAACUGCAAUACAUACACACACACUUGUGAUUGCUGUAAUGGGCACUAAGCAGUUCGUGACAAGGAAUGUACAGUUCCUGGUGGUCAAUAUGGGCUUCGCUGUUCUCCGCGGCUAUCGAUGGCGAUUAGUCGUGGGCGUCUGUACAUUAAACAAGACUAAAAUCUUCACAAACCCACCUCGGAAUGAAUACGGUGAAGAUGGAUGCACUCAGAUGUAA